AUGGCUGGGAUUGCGAUCACCCAGGAUUGGGAGCCCGUCGUGGUCCGCAAGAAGCCCGAACGCCGCCGCCAGAAAGACGAGAAGCCGUCAAUGCGCCCGACGCAGUGGGGGGACAUCGAGAGCAUAAAGAAGUCUAAUGCUGGUACAAACAAGGCGCUUCUAGCAGCAAACUUUAAACACAAGGAGCUGGAUGAGGAUACAGAGAGUCUCUCUCAUGAACGAGUGCCAAUGGAGCUGAAGAAGAAUAUCAUGCAGGCUCGAAUGGGGUAAAAGUUGACCCAGGCACAACUUGCGCAGCUGAUCAAUGAGAAGCCCCAAGUGAUUCAAGAAUAUGAAUCGGGGAAGGCCAUCCCAAAUCAACAAGUAAUCACCAAACUCGAAAGAGUUCUUGGGGUGAAACUGCGAGGUAAAAAAUGAUGGCAAGCCAGCAUGUCCUAUUAGCAACCAAGUCUGUUAUGAGGAGUUUCAUGUAUGGAGCAUUUGUGUCUGUUUUUGAGUUUGUGCAGUUUGGUUUGGUGCAUGAAGAAAACUCUUGUUGCUAAGGAAUGUUUUUAACUCUUCUACUGUUGUUUGUUUCAUCUGGAACUGGAGAUCAAUGUGCAGUUUAUGUGGUUGUCACCUUUAUGCACUGGUUCUUCUGGUU